UUAAUUUGCUUUUCUCCAUGAAUUAUCAGAGAAAGAGAGAGAGAAAGAGAGAGAGAGAGAGAGAGAGAGAGAGAGAGAGAGCAGAUGAAGUUGUGGAUAAGGAUGGAAUCAAUAUUGACUGUUGACGGUUAAUUUCCACCAUGAUUUGUCUAUAUAUACUCCACCUUGGCAGUUGAGUUCUUACUCGACUUCUCAUUGUAUUUGUAUAUCUGCACUGUGUGUAACAGACAAAAGCUCUGAAGGUUCUUCAAAGCUUGCUUGAUUUUCUGAUUUUUUGGAAGCAGAGAUGGAUAUUCUGCGUUUCUUUAUUGGAGUUUUUGGGAAUGCAGUUGCAUUGUUUCUUUUCCUGGCUCCUGCAAUAACAUUUCGUAGAAUCGUAAAGAGCAGGUCGACAGAGAAGUUCUCAGGUAUUCCAUACGUCAUGACCCUUCUCAACUGUCUCCUGUCUGCAUGGUAUGGUCUACCGUUUGUGUCACCACACAACAUCCUGGUCAGCACCAUCAACGGAGCAGGAACGGUGAUCGAGUCGUUAUACGUGUUGAUCUUCCUUAUCUACGCGCCGAAGAAGGAGAGAACGAAGAUUCUGGCGCUUCUGACGUUCGUCCUUGCCGUUUUCUCUGCCGUCGUCGUGGUUUCGCUUUGUGCUCUCCAUGGCAACAGAAGGAAGCUCUUAUGUGGCUUGGCUGCAACCAUCUUCUCCAUCGUUAUGUACGCCUCACCUCUAUCAAUCAUGAGAGCGGUGAUCAGGACGAAGAGCGUGGAGUUCAUGCCGUUUUUCUUGUCGUUGUUCGUGUUCAUGUGCGGGACGUCCUGGUUCAUCUACGGCCUGCUCGGUCGAGACCCUUUCAUCGCUGUGCCAAAUGGUUUUGGGUGUGGAUUGGGAACCAUGCAGCUGAUAUUGUAUGCGAUCUAUCGAAAGAACAAAGGUGGGGCCAAGGGAGAGGCUAAAGGAAGCGCCGGUGCUGAUUCGAUGGAGAUGGGCCAUGCUAAGCCACAGAAACAACAAAAACAACCACCACCAUCUCACGAAGAAAAGCAACAGAUGGACAAGUAAACAAUACGCGCUCGUGUCGCUAUCAAAAGAAGGAUGGAAUGAUCAAUGAUGGAUGAAUGUUGAAUCUCAUCUCCUCGGGUUGUAAGAGACACGGGAGAUGUUGAUGGAGGAAUUUCAAUUACAUAACCCUACCAGCGUAUCUGCCUUUUCGUCCUUUCCUGCUUCUUCCAUGAAUCGUGAUCCUCCUCUUUCUUGUCAUCCAAACGUGUCCCUUUUUUUCGGAUUUCAAAUUUCCAUGACGAAAUUUGGUCGUGUUAUGAAUGAUAUACAAAAUAACGUGAAUUUCAGUUGGGUUAUGAGUUUCUCUC